AUGUCUCUUUCACAAUCACUUGGGCUAUUUUCAAGUAGAUUUCCCUUUCUCUCUAUUACAGCUCUAGUAUCUCUCUCUCUCUCUCACAGGGCUAGUCACACUUACAUCUUUCUUUCUUUCUCUUUCACAGGGUUACUCACACUUACAUCACUCUCUCUCUUUCUCACAGGCCAGAACAUUACAAUCCAUUGCAACUGCUUCUUUCUUUCUUUCUUUCUUUCUUCCUUUCUUUCAACUGUGGCAGUGUUUGCCAUGCAGCUGACAGUGUCGGCAGCUAAGAUGAUGGCGUUGGCUGCUGCUACACCAAGAAUAUCAACACCUCAAACUGGAUUUGUCGUCUAUAAUCUGUUCUGUGAAACUCUGCUGCUAUUGCAACCCCGUUGGCUACUGUGGCAUGUUGUAUCUGCGAAAAAUACAUAUAUGUUUCCAAACAAGAUAUAUUUAGUUUUUUCUAUAAUAAAUGCAAAGAGAAAGAAACAACGUCGAGAGAAAGAGAGAGCAAAUGAUGUGAAAGCGGAUAGUGUCAGUGUCAGCAUUCCCCCAGUCUCACCCUUCUUUUUCCCUCCACUGCAGAUAUCAACACAGCCACCACUGCUUGCUGGUGUGCCUCUACUGCCAUUAGCUUCUCUUCUGCCACUGCAUAGCUGCUUCUUCCUCUUCACUAUCAGCAACGAUUACAUUUGUUUUAUAUGCUUAUCUGUUUUUUGGGGUUUCCUCCCUUUUUCUGUUUCCUUUCUCUCUAUCUCUCUGCCCUCUCUUAAUCCCUUUUCUUCCUCCACUAAUUUUUCUCCUCCUCCUCUCUGUGAUUUUUUCACCAAGUACAUGUGUCGUAACUGUGGCCAGCAGUUUGAAUCGACUGAGGACAUGGAUGCUCAUAUAGAAACUCAUAAUCGGGGCAAUCCACCUCACUGCUGCUUCGUGUGCGGCAAGUCGUAUCGCACGCCCUCCAAGCUGCGGCGUCACGUUCGCGUACACAGCGGUGAGAGACCGUAUGCCUGCAGCCUGUGUGAGCGACGCUUUACGCGCUCCGACCACGUCAAGCAGCACAUGAAGGUGCACCAACCGCAGCGGCAACGCAACCAGUGCCGGCUCUGUGGGCUGCGGUUUGGCAAGCCUGCCACCCUCUACACUCACUUGCAAGGGCAUGGUAUCGAGACUUUACACAUGUGCGAUUCCUGUGGUGAAACGUUUCGAGAAGAGGACCACCUCGCAAGACAUAAAAGAGUCCAUCACACAGUCGCCGGGGGGAAUGGAAACGGCUCUCAAGAUGCCCUAAACCAGAAUGCCGUUAGCACAACCACCCAAGUUACUGACGACACAGACCAAGAGUUAAAGAUGGAUCACAGUAGCGAUGAAAAUGUAAACGCACUUUCUAUCGCCUGCUUUGGCAUGAACACCCCAGGUAGCAACCGGUCAACACCACUGCGCACCCUACCAGACGAGAGUCGGCCAGCAUCAAGCGAACAGCCACCCCACUGUCUGGUCAGUCUCGAUACUUCAGACAGGUUCAUAGAUCAACGGGUUUGUGAUGAAUCAUAUGAGAACAGUGCUCUAAAUUUGAGUACAAAACCAGAUGUUAACCCCCAAAUAUCUAUACCAUCAUGUUACACACCAACAGAUUCAAAUACAAUGGCAAACCACAGUAGUUUGCCUUACAUAAAAACAGAACCUGUCAAUAAUGGUGUCAGUAUGUAUAUGACCCCCAGCUUCUCUGGAGAGGAGCGGAACGAUGAUGUAGGCGAACGCGUGGAGGAAAACUCUUCACUGUCAGAAGAGAGAUUUGCUGAGGGUUCCCCAUCACUGAUGCAAACUCCAUAUGCACACACGUUGCGAACUACAACAACCACAACAACAGCGACAAAUGGAGGGACAAUUGCUUCUCUCCUGCAGCAGCAACACACUGAAUCGAUACCACCUUCUUUUUCAUUGCAACGAAACACCCAACUCGCAUCCGAGUCUUACACACAGCCAUUCCAAAGCAAAAGAUGCCAUCAUUGUGUAUCGUGUGGUAUCUGGUUCGAAGAUCUAGCAAUGAGUAUGCUUCAUAAUAGUCUUCAUUUUACAGACGGACACAAUGAAUUCUCCUACUGUUUCUGUCUCUCUCUGUCUCUCUCUCUCUCUGAUCAUUUUCCUUCAUAUUUUAUUCCUGGGAACUGA